ACGAGAGACGGGACGAGACAGAAAGCAAGUGUGUGCCUGUUCGCGGUCUGCUGCCGGCCGGAGUCGUCGCUCGUUUCUGCUCGCUCACGCAUUUUUUCAUUCUUCCUGUCUGCCUAUCUGUCUAUCUGUCCGUGCAACGUUCAGUCGACAUUUUUCCUCAAAUCCUCAUUAGUGGGUCCAGUGGGUGUUUGAUUUAUUAUUGUACUUAGUGAGGAAAAUAAAAUGGCCGGUGAAAAGCGCAGCGUCGACGAUGCUUCCGAAGAGCUGCGCCAGGAGUCCGCGAUCCUCCUCGACAUCGAGGGCACCACCUCCAGCAUUAGAUUCAUCCAGGAUACACUUUUUCCAUACAUACGUGAAUUUUUGAAAAAACACGUAGAUGAGAAAUGGAAUGACGAAGAGUUUAAAGCAGACUUUGCUAAAUUAAAGGAACAGGCCAAAGAAGAUGAAGAGAAAAAAGUCGAUGGAUUUGUACCCAUCAAAGAAGAUACCGAGGAAGAGGCAAAAGAUACUCUAAUAAAAAAUGUACUCUGGCAAAUGGAUAACGAUCUUAAAACUGGUGCACUGAAGCGCUUACAAGGGCAUAUGUGGAAAGCAGCUUACAAGCCUAUGAAAGGCCAUGUGUAUGAUGAUGUUCCAAAGGCUUUUGAUGAAUGGACAAACAUGGGUAAAAAACUUUACAUCUAUUCAAGUGGAAGCGUUGAAGCUCAAAAAUUAUUGUAUGGAAAUUCAAUUCAUGGGGAUUUGCUAAAGUACAUCAGUGGUCAUUUUGAUACGACUGUAGGCCCUAAACAGGAAGCUGAUAGUUAUAAAAAUAUUUUGAAAGAAAUUAAUUUGGAGCCCUCAAAUGUAUUGUUUCUCACAGAUGUUAUAAAAGAGGCUCAAGCUGCCAAAGAAGCUGGUUUGGCAGUAACUAUUGUUAUUCGAGAAGGAAAUGCAAAGCUAACUGACGAUGACAAACUUGCAUUUAAAACUAUUCAGUCUUUUGCAGAAUUAAUUUUUCAAUCGACGAACAAACGUCAGAAACUAUGUAAUGAUGAAGAAUCUAAAAAAAACGAUACCAUCAAGGAGGAAACAGCAGUAUCAGGUUCAGUCAAUAAUGAGCCCAUGGAUACAUCGGAUGACGUUAAAGCUACCGCUGACGAAAAAACAACUGAUACGACAAUCGAUGUAAAAGUAGAAGAAUUAAAUGUAGAAAAAAAAGUUGAAGUGGAGAAAAAUGUAGAGUUAAAAGAAAGUGAAAAAGAAAUUACUCCUAUGGAGGAAGAUAAUAAACCAGAAAUAAAGACUGACGCUGGUAUGAAGACUGAAAAUGUUGAAAAUUCAAUCGAAGAUAAAACUAAAGCUUCUAUAUCUGACGAGAAAUCAACUGUUGAUAAUUUUGUUGCAGAGAAAAACUCGAUAGAAGUGGAAAAGGAAAAAACAAUAGAAUUAGAAAAAGAAGAAACGAUAGACGCAGAAAAAGAUAAAACGAUAGAAACUGAAAAAGGAAAAACAGUAGAAAAAGAAGAGAAAAAAUCGAUUGAUGUUGCGAAAGAAAAUGAAAAAGUAUCUUCAUCUGAAGAGAAAACGCUACAAACCGAAGUUCCAGAAAAGACUGAAAAUAAAACGGAUAAAGGUAUCGAAAAACUAACAGAGGAAACUCCAGAUAAAAUUGCGAACGAGGCAGCUACCAAUGUCGAGAAAGAAACAAAAUCGGAAGAAAAGGAAUUAAAAGAAAAAGAAUUAAAAGAGAACGGUGAAUCCAAAAUUUCAGAUGCAGAACAAAACAAUAAAUCCGCAGAUAAUAAAGUAGAAGAAAUUGAGAAUAAAGAGAAUGUACAGAGUGAAAAUAUUGACGAAAAAGUUGAAACUAAAGCUGAAGUUGCUGAAGAAAUAAAAGAAGCAACUACAGUAGAAAGUCCUGAUAGCAGUGUAAAAAAUGAAAAAGAAAAAGUUUCAAAUAUAGAGUUGGAAACUGUAACAGAAAAAUCUGAAACCAAAACAUUGAAUGGUGCAUCGUCAAAUGGUAAUUUGAAAAAUGAUAUUUUAGAUGAAAAAGUUCACGCUAAUGGAAUUAACAAUAAAUCAGAAAAGAUAAUAGAAAAUGAGGAAUCAGAAGAAUCGAUCAAAGUAAAAAAAACAGUAGCAGACGGUGCCGGUGACACUGAUGUAGUCGUACCACCGGUAGUAGCUGCAACAUCUUAAUUCGAUGCAUUAUUUGUAUUAUCGUUUAAUUUUACAAAAGUCAGUUACACUUUCCCAUAAUUUCAAACAAAUACUUACACUACUGUCAAAACCACCAUUUAAUAUUCAUAUUUCGUUACUUUUUUUGUUUCGUUAAAAAAAAUAUGUUUGUACUCUUGUAAGAAAAUGGAUAUUUUAUUUUUAUAAAGAACAGGAUUUUUUACGUUCAUCCAUAUUAUUCAAAAUUAAUGCAUAAUCAAAAAUAAUUUAAUGAGAUAAGUAACGUAAUAUUUGUGCAAAACAAUUGUGAAACUGACACAUGUUAUUGUACAAGUAUUUGCUCUAUUCCAAUUCCAAAAUAACCAUAAAUUCAAUCAUUACUACUCAAUCCAAUAUAAAGAGUAUCAGUUUGUGAUUUUGAAAAGUAACUACAAAAUGUUUCUCUAAUUGUUGUUCAUUUGAUGAAAGGCAUAGAAAUUUAACAAGAGAUGAAAAAAUUCAGCGUAUUUCAACUUCGGUAAUCUUUUUGACUCAAAAAUAUAGCUUGAAAUGAAAAGUCACAAUAUUUUAAUGCGUAAUAAGUUUGACAUUUAAUAGUUUAUUUUCUUAACGCUUAACAAUGUGAAAAGUUUUUCUCUAGCUUUUUGUGAUUUUUAUAUUCGUAAAACUUUUUAUCUUGUGAUACUGUGGACCUUUUUAUAUAAUGAAAUCACAUAUAGUACCACGUAAACCUCCAUGUAAUAAUUAUUUUUUCUCAUAAUAUAUGAAAUCACAUUUAAAUAGUAACGCUUUUAUUACAAUUAAAAAAUCAAAAUUAAAAUUAAAACGGUAAACUUUUCAGUAUCUUCAGAGAAAAGGUUAUUUUUAGUUCAUUGUAGAAUUUAUAAUGAUUAAUAGCGAGUUUGUUAUAGUCUCAAGGAUGGUCGAACUUGUCAUUCGCUGUGAAAUAAUUAGUAAACGUAUUGACUUCAACUUGUCAAUAUGCAAUUAACACUGUCAUUAAUUUCAUAAUACUAGUAAGCAAAUUAAAAGUUUUUAAAAUAGGAUAGAAAAUCCCAUUACAAUGCAGAGUAAGCUAUAUUAACUAUACUCUGUGCCAAAUACUUUUAACUUGUAUUUGCAUUUAAUGCUUAAAUAUCUCGGAGAUUGAAAAGCAGUAAUAAUUUUUUAUAUGUUAAGUUUUCUUACCCUGUUUUACAUUUUUGUUUCAAUUUUUUUUAAAUACUCAGUGAAGACAAACAUAUUUUUAAGACUGAAUCUGUAGUAUGUCGCGGAAUUUAUGAAUGUAGACUGUAUCGAAUGUUCUUAGUGGUCUGUACUUAAGAGAAUCGCAUUUUUUAUAACGAGCAACGAAAAAGUUUAUUUUAAACAGAAAUGCGGAACGGGAAAAAAAUAAUCGUGAAGUGUUAAAAUGGUCAAUUUAUAAUGCUUUGCAUAAUUAAAAAUGGGUACUUUGUCAGAACUGGCUUCUGUAACUUGCUAUUUUAUUAUUUUUUUGAACAUAUCUAUUUUUAAUAAUUGACAUGAUAUUUAUAUCGUCUAAGAUUCAAGUUGAGUGUGUAUUUUUUUGUAACUUAUUUUGUGACUUUCUACGUAAAAUGGUUCCUGAACUUUCGAAUACGAUGUGAAUGCUCGAUGAACUUUGUCAUACGUGAAUGAGACAAAAAAUCGAACAAAAAUUCUACGAUUACGACUUCGAAGUAAAAACUUAUUCGAUUGACUCGUCGUAUUGAUUUAUUGAAUAAAACAUUCCUUCGAACAAAUUGGUCGAUCUUGAGUAAUUUGAUAACUUACUGCCAAUCACUAAUGUUAACAAUACUCUUUAUCACUAAAGGCAAAAUUACAAUUAUUAGGCGUUGCCUGCCAACUGACUUUCACGUCAUCAUCUGAUAUCAUCUUCAUAUCAUUCAUUCAGUAUCUGCGUCAAUAGUUGAAAGCUGACAACUAAUAAUUGUAAGUUUGUAAAUAGAAUGUAUAUUGCUCAAUUGAUAAUGCACUAUUUCAGAGUUUCAAUCCUCGAUCGAUUAUUACUUCCUCCUAUACAAUAAAAAUCCAAUCAAGCUGUUGCAAAGAGUUUACUGUGAUUUAUUUUUUGAAAAAGAUUUCGAUAGACAUCAAAGGAGCCUUUUAAUAAUGCAAUGAUUUUCUGCAUUCUUAGUUUAAUGAUAUUAUUUAUUUUAUGCCCGAUCCGACUAACAAUUUUUGGUACUUUGUAGGUAGCGCUUAAGUAGUAUUUCAAUUGCGAACAUCAAACAUUUGUAUACGAUAUUCGUAAAAAAUUUUUUUUAAAUUUUUUACUUCUAUUAUUUAUGUAAUUUUUCUGAAUAGAAUUGAAAAUAAAUUUUCUCCGCUCGUAACGACAAAGGGAAAUGUAUGCAUUUGUCUA